GAUCUUUCUUCACCACUGCGCGUAGCGACGCCACCGACAAUUACGUAAGCAAAUCAAACACUCCACAAGCAAUAAGAGAAGUUAAAGAAGCCGCUUAACACCGUCUUCUUCGCCUCGCGCGGCUCGCCUCAAAUACGAACGAGCUCUCGCAAUAAACUAAGUUUUUUUUUUUUAAGAGGAGCAAUGCAGGUGUUAUCGGAGGCCGUGCCCAUGACGAACGGCGAGGUUUACGCCCUCGUGCGCCGCCGCCGCGAUGAGCGCAACGCCGCCCGACACCCACCCUUCGGCCUGCAACCCGUCCCCUCCGACAGCCACGCAGCGCAGUUGAAAGCAGCACCGCAACGCGUGGAGGCGGCGUCGGCGUCGGCCGUAGCGAGCGGAGCUGCCUCCGUCGUGCUCGGACUGACCGCCGGAGGAAGCAGCAGCGGCAACAAUAACCACCACAACCAUAAUAGCUAUAGCAGGAGUGUAACUGGACGGGCGAUGCCGGCAGACGCGCUCGAUGCCGCCGUUGCAGCGGACGCCGCGUCGGCCGCCAAUCAGCUCGCCGCCCCUCUCUCAGGCAAUUUGGUAGUGCUGCUGACGGAGGUAACGGUGCUGAACUACCUCGCCAAUCACGCGUCCUUGACGCACGACACGUCGGCGGCAGCGAUGGAGCACGCGACACCGCCGGAAAAAUCGGAAGAAGAAGAAGAGGAAGCAGCAGCAUCGACCACGGCGAUGUACGCGGACACGCUACGCUGCGUGUACGGACCCACCUCCGUCUACGACGACGGCGUGGCAGCAGCAGCAGCAGCAGCAGCCUCCUCCUUUUCGACGCUAAGAUCCGCAUCCGCUGAGGCGGCGGCGGCUUCAAAUGAAGCGCUGAUCGACACGGCGCACGUCGCUGCGUGCUACGCGGCACUGACGACGCACUGCCCUGGCACGAAGGGCCACGUGCGGGCCGCCAUGGAAUUGCUGGAGCAGUACGAGGAGUUGGGGCGAGGGAAGGAGCGGACGUACGCUGCUGGGAUCCGUCGUGUGGUGCGGCAGCUGUGGCGGCAGCAGCUGUGGGCGCCGCCGAGUGCCGUCCCGCGCGAGACGCUAACCGCGUCGGCUGCCGCCGCCGUCAAGUUAGAGAAAACAGGCGAAGACGGCGAGGAGGUGGACGAAGUAGAUGGAGGGCGAAGGGCAGCUGUGCCAUCACCGUCGAAUCGGCAGCGUCGACGCGGCGGGGCGGGCAGUGAGGAAGGCGAAAAGGGCGUGGCGGAAAGCGGCUGCCUCGACCCUGCGUCGCGGCUUCAAGCGAAGAAGCUGCAGAACGAUGUCGCGGCUGCCGUGGCGGAUGCAGCGAUGCGCCCGUCGGCGCCGCUGCUGCUGGAGCCGACGCCGCUGUGGGGUCCGGGGAGUGUGCGUGGCGCACCUCGAGAGCGCGGAACUGCCGCCGCUGUCGCCGCGGCGCAGGUGGCAGCCUCGUCUUAUCAGCCGCAACAGCAGCGGGCGAGUCGUUCCCUCUUGUCAGAAGCCGAGGUGAUGCAACUGGUUGUGGGCCGCCCCGCGAGACCGCUGGACGUGUAUCGCCUGCUGGACGGGCUGGAUGGCCGCCUGCAGUACAACGAAGAGGCGAUUGCGGCGUUCGUGGAGGGCGUCACGGCCGUUUGCUCUGUUCCCGCCAACGAACCGUCCUCCACGUGA